GACUGCGCCACCCAGGCGCCCCCAUCCCUAGUUUUUAAAGUAAUGAUAGUAGUAAUGUGCUACUGUGGGUAUAGCAUUUAUUCAUCAAGUACUUAUUUUUUUUUAAUUAAUUUAUUUAUUUUGAGAGCAAAAGAGAGUGUGAGUGGGGGAGGAACAGAGAGAGAGGUAGAGAAUCCUAAGCAGGUUCCACACUAUCAGCACAGAGCCCAAUGCAGGGCUUGAUCUCAUGAACCGUGAGAUCAUGACCUGAGCCAAAAUCAAGAGUUGGAUGCUUAACCUAUUGAACCACCCAGGCGCCCCCAUUAAGUGCUUAGUGUAAAUUGAAGUGCAGCCUAGUCUAAGACCCAAGCUUUGAGACAGACCUGCUCCCAUCAGGAAGCAGGUCUUUAUGGAAGCAGAACAGAUAAAAAGACCUUGGACUGGAGACCAGUUUGCAAAAGAAUGUUGUGUUGGGAAAUAGGACUUCUGGCCUCUUUUUAUUAUUAUUAUUAUUAUUACUCAGAUAACAUUUGUUAGAUUCUCUAGGUGCCAGAGCUGUGGCAGAGUUGUUUGUAAAAAUGAAUGAAAGUUUAGCCCCUAUCCUUGGAGAAAUCCCAAUCCAACAAGGCAAUGGGCAUUUGAUCUAUUAAUAUAAUACAAAGGUCUAAGAGAGGUACAUGUGAUAUAGCUACUUCAGGCCAAGUUUUUACUCCAGACCUCAUGAGUGACAUCAUCAAGAUAAUCCAAUUCUGCUGUCUUAAUGGAAUGUAUAUGAAAAAAAAAAUAGAGAAGAACACGGAUUUCAUUUUCUCAUUAGCUUGAUUCUUAUCCCAGAAAGGGACUAACAGCUGGCAUAGAGAUUCAUUUAGCCUCAUUUCACACAGAUUAUGAGUACUUGGAGCAGGACAUAUUUCUGUAUGACAAUGAGUUCUAGCAAUAACAAGAUUUUUAAAGUAAUUGAAUAAUUAUAUUUAUUUAUGAAUCUGGGAGUCACAACCUUUUAUCCUCACUCUCAUUGUUUCAGCUGAGCCAAUACAAGCAUGAGAAUUUUAGAAUAGACUUAUAUUUUUCUCAAGGAGCAGACCAAAGAAAAAGUUUAAAUGUUUUAAAAGUUGAUUUUCCCAACUGAUUUUUCUUCUUAAAAAGUGAUACUAUCUCACAGGUAGUAUUCAUUCUACUUGCUCAAAAAGGCAACAAUUUUAUGUAGCUUUUUUUGUUAGAACCUGCCUCAGUCUUUGAUAGCAAUCUUUUGUUAGACAAUUCUCGUUACACAAUAACACCCCUUUGUUCCACUGUCCAUUAGCCACUUACUGACCACACCAGAGAAGAGACAGGAAGCAAUGCCUCUUAUUUGAGUUCCAUUUAACACUUCAAGAUCAAAUGACAGAUUUGGAACAAACACAAAAACACAACCAAUUACACAGUUAAAUCUGCAAUCACUUUGAGAUAGAAAUUGCAUCAUGGAAAUAGUUAACUGAAAGACAGACAAUUAAGACUUGUGUGGCGAUUAAAGGUAGAAACCUGUUCUGUAAUUAUGACUUCAUAUUAGUUUUAAUAUUUUUUUCAACAUGUCUUUAAAAUCAUUUUGCUAAUGAAAAUUGGUAUAGCCACUAUGUAGUAGGCAAGUGACAUGAAGGGGAAUUGAUCCAGAAUUACAGCCCUACCCCUAUGCUCACUCAUGAACCAAGUGUGUAAAUUGCUUUUUGCCACUAUCCCGUAUUCCCCGCACCCACCCCUUGCAACAUUAAACUGCCAAACACCACCCAGGAACGGAUUUCCUAUUUCAUCAUUUAAACCCAUUAUCUUGUCCCCUUACUAUCUUGCCAAACUGGUUUCCCUCCACUUACAUUUUUGAGACAUGAUGUGGCAAGAUAACAAGUCUAGACUCUAUAAGUAGACAGUUGGAUCUUCAAGUUGAAGCAGAGGACCAAAAGCCAGUGGUCCUCUUUGUUUGCUUUUCAGUGUACUGCCUAAACUCCUCGUAAUCCCAAAGAGAUCCUCUAACUGCAGAGCAUUUCUUUGUGUAUUAAAGAGCAGACAGCAGCUGACCGAUAACCGCAAGGCAAAAGACCUGCAGUUUGGGAAGAAAGAGCGCAGCACGUUCAAUUGAAGUGUUAGCCUUUGCCUAACUUGCCGAUUUGACAAUGGUUAACUCGGUAAAUAUGAACAUAAUCUCUAGAGCGUGUUCACAUGUCCGGUGACGGUUGGGAUCUUGGAGUUGCUAUUUUGAGUGAACAAGCCAGAGAGGGGCUUAGGGGGACAGAAGCCCUCUCGAUUCGCUUCAGAGGAUUUCUUUCACUCUAUUGUGGGAAUGGGAAAGUCUCCACCCAUGUCCCCAAUUAUCUGUCCAUCCACACACUUCAGAAUGUUAUCUUUUUAAAUGUCAGGCAUUUGGCCACUGGUUUACAGAGUAAGAUUUAUCUAGAAAUGACUGUCAAGAGGAGCUUGGUGAGUAACCAGGGAUAAAAGAUGUUAUCUCGGAAGGUUGCCAUUUAGUGACAUGCCCUCAUUACAUUAUUUAGGUCAUGUAUCCCCGCUCUAGCAUCCUCCCAAAUAUAGAAGAUAUUGAGUAUGUGUCCUCAGAAAGCUGCUUGUGGUAAUUGAUAGUGACUUGGUAAAAUGUAGACAGUGACUACUGAGAGCUCAAUGGGAAAACUAGGCUGGCAACAUAAUGCUUGGGGUGAGUCCUGGGGCUGAAGGCACAAGAUCUCUGGGAGAUGAUUGGCCCAUUAGAAGAGUGACUGAAGAUACCAAUACAAAUAGGGGUAAAAUGGGGAUGGAAUUAAAAAUUCCCACAGGACUGUUUUUCAUUCUCCUUUCGCUUUAAAUCUUUCUGAUAAUAAUAAUACACAGUUGGGGGUAGGGAGAGGGCAGGGUGUGGAUUUAAUCCUCCCAAAGUUGCUCAAACCACAAUGAAUGUUCCCAGUCAAAGCACCCUUAGCUGUUUCUAAGAAAAAGCCUCCUUAUAACAGCCUCAGGAACUGAUUUCAAAUCCCGGGCCUUUGUCUUUCAUCUCUUUGCUCUUGGGGCUCGGGGUAGUGCCACAUCUGGUGGUGGUUUGUGUGAAAGGAAAUAAUAUAUAUAAUAGUUUCCUGUUUGGUCAUUUAAACCUGUCCCUGUGCUGGACAGAAUUUGACCCACUUCACUCAAUAGCAACGUGUCCUGUUGCUAAAGUACCCAUUAUUUACAAUGGCCAGCCAGCCCAAGUGACAGUGCUUUACCACCAGCCCCAGAGCUGCCCAGGCCCCUUAUUCUGACCCUUACUGUUUUCAUUGACACAUAGAGUGUUGUUAAUAGUUUAAACCAGAGACUGGGACUUAUUUCUUUGGAGCAUAUAAUUAUAUUUGACAAGAAACUCACAAAGUCUAGUAAGUAUGGUUAUCAUCAUCUUCUCUUAAUCCUUUUUGGAGCCAGAUUCCAUUUUAUUCCUGAAUUUUAAAAACCGUGAGCUUUAUAAUUUAUUGUGUAACGACCGGCAACCAAAAACUAAGACACGCUAAUAAUACAAUGAAACAUAUUUGGUAUUUUGAAUUCUCUUUUUCUAAUUUGACUUUGGUUUUCUUGCCCUGACCAUAAUUGACAGUCCUGCCCUGGAGGUUUUUCUCUUUUGUUUACUUGCAGAGGUGGCCAAUUUUCUUCUCUCUGGGCAUACCAAUUUGUGGUACUGAAUGUCUGAGAGACCAUGGAAUUUGUGACAUUAUUUCUGUAUAUUAGAAUCUGUUCACACAGCAAACUCUUCAACUACGGAAUGAGCACUGACCAUCCCUAAAUCUGUGCAUAUAUUUGAGAAGAAAAAAAUCCAUUCUGCGGCCAUCACUUGCUUUUUACUCUAGUCUCUUAAACUAAUUUCAAUUUCUUCUUCCUUAGAGACAUUAGAAAUGUAUGGAUACAUCAUUUUAGUUUGGACCUCCUGAAAUGCUUGUGAUAAAACAGAGAGAAAUGUUUGUAGUAACACAAUAUGAUUAUGGAGGACAGGAGUGAACAAACUGUGCCCCAUGAGCCAAAUGUAGCCAGCAGACUGUUUGUGUACGAGGUUUUUACAUUUUUAAAGGGUGAUGGGUUGGAGGAAAAAUCAAAGAAUAUGGAACAGAGACUAGAUGUGUCCCACAAAGUUGAAAAUAUUUACUAUCUGGCCCUUUACAGAAAAGUUUUCUGAUCUGUAGCUUGGGCUAGCAUCGUUUGCUAAAGUGUAAAGCCUUACAUCUCGAUCAGCUGGUAUCUCUUUGAACUUUAGAUACAGACUGUUACUGAGUACUACCUGCUAUACCAGGGCAAAUUAUACUAUACUUAUUCCAAUUUACUAUUUAAUCGAUUAGAUGUUAGUACUAUCUAUAUAUUCUAAUGGUUUUCAAUCCUGGCUGAAUUUUAAAAUCAUCUGAAGAGCUUUAAAAAUACUGUUGCCUAGGUGCCUACACCAGAGAUCCUGAUUUUAGGAUCUGAAGGGGAAGCUGGGCAUAGGUGUUUCCUACAUUCUCUUCAGCUGAUUCUAAUGUUCAGGCAGGUCUGAGAACCACAGGCCUACACCAUUUAGGGGUCUAUUCGUGGAUUAACAACUAGACCAUAUUCUUAGGCAGUUUUUAUUUACAUUGUUCAUUAGAAAUAUAAUAAAGAUGCAUUAUACAAAUUGCUCUUUAAUUUCAAGACAGAAGUGUUGCUCAGGGAAAUUCUGAGUCAAUUUUGAAAUGUGAGGAGCAUAUGAAACAGAUAAUGCAGAGCCCAGAGAAAUAGAAUUUAAGAGAUAGGAACUGAAAGGAACAUGCUGGAAAAAAAGAAAAGGAAAGGAAAGAAAAAAGAAAACCACUCAGAAUUACAAUACACAAAUCACUGAGUAGAUUUCUUGCUGUCUGGGUAAGUGUAUCUAUUUUCAAAAGUGCUAUUAACAUAAACAGAACAGUAAAUCUGGGGCACCAUACUUUUUUUUUUUUUAAGUUGUUUAGAAGAAUUAUAUCAGUCUGCAGGUGUCACACGCAGUUACUCAGAAUCAGAAAGAAGGCUGAUCGGGGGUUAGAAGAUCUCCAUCUAUCUAUCUUUUUGCAACCAACCACGUCCAGGCUGUUUAUUUAAUACUUCCUCUUGCUAAUGAAGAUACUGGUUGGGGAUGGGUCGGGCUUUCCCAUCUCAGCAUAAGACUGCAAGAUUUGAACGUGCCCCGGUGCUGGCUUCACUGACCACAGCAGGUACCCCGGGCAAGAAUCUGAGCAGUAAUAACAGCAAGUGCGGAGGCAAGACACAUCAAAGCAGAGAUGGGAAGUGAAAGAGCUCUCGUUCUGGACAGAUUAGCAAGCAAUGUGGCAAAACGAAAAAGCUCAAUGCCUCAGAAAUUCAUUGGUGAGAAGCGCCACUGUUUUGACGUCAACUAUAAUCCCGGCUAUAUGUACGAGAAAGAGAGUGAGAUGAUACAGACCCGGAUGAUGGACCAAGCCAUCAAUAAUGCCAUCAGCUAUCUCGGUGCAGAAGCCCUGCGCCCCUUAGUCCAGACACCACCUGCUCCCACCUCUGAGAUGGUUCCAGUUAUCAGCAGCAUGUAUCCCAUAGCCCUCACCCGUGCGGAGAUGCCAAAUGGUGCCCCCCAGGACCUGGAAAAGAAGAAUAUCCACCUGCCAGAGAAGAGCCUGCCUUCUGAAAGAGGCCUCUCCCCCAACAAUAGUGGCCAUGACUCCACAGACACUGAUAGCAACCAUGAAGAACGCCAGAAUCACAUCUACCAGCAAAAUCACAUGGUCCCUCCCCGGGUCCGCAAUGGGAUGCCACUUCUGAAGGAAAUCCCCCGCUCUUAUGAACUCCUCAAGCCCCCACCCAUCUGUCCAAGAGACUCCAUCAAAGUGAUCAACAAAGAAGGGGAGGUGAUGGAUGUGUAUCGAUGUGACCACUGUCGAGUCCUCUUCCUGGAUUAUGUGAUGUUCACUAUUCACAUGGGUUGCCAUGGCUUUCGUGACCCUUUUGAGUGUAACAUGUGUGGAUAUCGAAGCCAUGAUCGGUAUGAGUUCUCAUCUCACAUAGCCAGAGGAGAGCACAGAGCCAUGCUGAAGUGAACAUCUGGUCUCCAAGAUGAUUUACGCCUGAGCAUUCAACAUAAUUUGUAAAAACCGACACCCCACCUAACAAAUUAUUCUCCAAACUCAUUUCCAAACUCCCUUCCAUACCAUUUUUAGUGUCCAAAGAGUCAUGUUCACAUGGGCAACAGGGAAAUGCUGUCUUCAUUCAGAAAUUGUUUGCAGAUAAUAUCGUGUUAUCAUUUUUGUUAAACCUUUGUUUUCUCAUUAGGGACUUGAAUUUUUAUGAUAUUUAAAAGCCAGUGAAGUAUUUGGUCAUUAUCUUUUGCAGCAAUGGAACAAGCAGUCCUUGGAGUUUGUUGCCAUUCAAAAGAAUCCCCCAGUUGUGCUGCAAGAGACAUUCUUUCUGAGAUACACAGAUACAUCAGCCAUAUGUGGAAAAGCAUUUUGGUCAUCUGCCUAGGUCCACAAAGAAGAAGAGCUCACCAGCUAACCUGGCUCAGAAGCCAUGCCCUUCUGUACUUAACACAGGCUGAAAGUCUAGGAUAUAGUCUCCUCAUCCCAAAUUAUACUCUAAUGGUAAGGAAAAGAACAACCAUAAAACAAGUAUCUGUUACCAGUAACUGAAGACUGAAGUCUCUAGGCAGCAGACCCAUUUCUUAGCACACAAGGGGAAAAAAAUCAAGUCAUCCAAUGAUACUUCUGCUUCUACCGUUUAACCUUCCCAUCAUCGAUUAAAAGUUGCUUUGGUUUAAACCAGUCAUGAAUAGGAGAAAUUCUAUAUCAGAAGAACGGAUGGCUUUAAACAUAGACCAUCAUUGAAACUCCAGGAAGUUGUCGGCUUUGGACGAUGGCAUCCAUUUCCUAUGAUCAAGACUGGCAGAACUGGGCUCUGAGGGGGAAACGGUUCAGAAGCACCAUGGGGCAGUGAGGGGGGUGGGUAGUUACCUAAAAGUUCUUGGUCUCCUUCAUGGAGCAUUAGUGUACAGACACUUACCAAUGAUUUCUUUUUUUGACAAAAAAACACCAAAGAAUCCAAAAUGAGUGACUUAGUCUCCCCCUCCCCACAGGAGAGGAAUCAGGGAUAGAUGUCAUGUGUGUUGUUUGGGUCUUUGAUGAGCUUCCUGACGGGGUGAGGAGGGGCAACUCUGCUGACAGGUUCUCCUUGAUCAAGCAGGGUGGGUUUCUCUCUCCAUUUUAAGUGGAGCUGCUGUAUGCCACGAAAACUCCUGAAAGAUCUUGAUUCUGCACAUGUAUUGGUCAGCUUUGUCAUCUGUUAUGGGAAAUACGCUAUCAAGGGAAAGUUCAGGGAUAACUGUAAAAUUAGUAUUGCAAUAGGGGUCACGAAAUCUGUUUGUGAAUUCCAUAUUGGCUGCUAAUUAGCUGUAUGACUUUGGGCAAAUCACUUAACUCUUAAAACUAAGUUUCUUCAACCAUAAAGUAACAGUUGGGUUUAUACAUUCUCUAAGGUCCCUUCCAGCUUUAAAUGUAUGCAAUUAUGCUGUAACCACAGUUACUUUUUAGACCUCUUAAUGCAUGGGUAUCAAGCAGAAGAGUAUGUAUAUGAAUAUCUGUUUCACAUUGCUUUGGUGUGAAAAUGGUAGUGUUGUUAAAUUUUUCCUUUAACCACUGAGUUGUGAAUGUGAAGAGGAUGGUGGGGAGGAACAAAAAACAGGAAGGUAUUUUGAUCUUGCCCCAAAGUAUAUACACAAAGUGGCACCUGCAGCUGCUUGCCAAAGCCUUUUUCUCUCUCUCUCUCUCUCCUUUUUAAGAACUGGUAUUAGCGAAAAUAAAUUCUGCUUCCAGGGACAACUUCAUGGAGCCUAGUUACACAUUAAGAGUCAGCUUUGUGCACCUUUCUACCAGAGCCAAGAAUCCCCAAUUCCUGGUAGAUUAGUGUUUUAUGUAUCUGCCUUGAUAUUUCGAAAGGGCUUAGGCAUUAGACUUCAACUCAACUAAUUUAUGUGCUGCCAGUAAUUAAAAUGUUCCACCUCA